AUGACGGAACAUGAGGACAUUCGGGGAUGGAAGGUAGUUCAGAAGAACUUGACGCGAAUCGUCGAAUAUGGACGAAUUUCUGGAAUACUACCUCCACUUUCUAAGCCAGGCGAGGAGGAUGAUCAAGCCAAAGGUGCAGAAGACGAAACAGCAGAAAAUCAGACGCAAAAAGAAGGGAAAGUAGUUGAUAAGAUAAUCAUCCCACCACAAGAUAUCACAAUUAUGCAUCAAGCAAUUCCAUUUCUGCCACUGCCUGUUGCUCUAUUCUGCUCCUUUCUGAAUUUAAUCAUUCCGGGAGCAGGUACCAUCCUCUCCGGCAUAACUGCUCUCUGCCUCGGCCAACCAAGGUUGAAUAUGGAGGAAGGCGAACGACUUUACACAAUGGUUCUCAAUCUUCUGGUCGGAGUCAGCCAAUUUUUCACGAUAACAUUCUUUUUUGUUGGAUGGUUCUGGAGCAUUGCUUGGGGAUUCCAACUCAUCAUUCAUGCGAUGCACUACCGCGAUGCCAUUCAACAACGCCGACAGGAAGCUGUAGCAACUGCUGCAAUUGAAGCUUUAGCAAAGGACUCAAUAUUUCAUCGAAAAGACGUACAAAAUCUUAUGAACACUCACAAGCAAAAUUCUAGUGAUAAAAAAGUCGAAAAUAAAGCAUGA